AUGACCAUAGGCAGCAUGGAGAAUGUGGAGGUCUUCACUUCCGAGGGCAAAGGCAGAGGUCUGAAGGCCACGAAGGAAUUCUGGGCUGCAGACGUCAUCUUUGCUGAGCGGGCUUAUUCUGCAGUGGUUUUUGACAGCCUCAUUAACUUCGUGUGCCACACCUGCUUCAAGAGGCAGGAGAAGCUCCAUCGCUGCGGGCAGUGCAAGUUCGCCCAUUACUGCGACCGCACGUGCCAGAAGGAAGCCUGGCUGAACCACAAGAACGAGUGCUCGGCCAUCAAGCGAUACGGGAAGGCGCCCAACGAGAACAUCAGGCUGGCAGCCCGCAUCAUGUGGCGAGUGGAGAGAGAGGGCACUGGGCUCACAGAGGGCUGCCUGGUGUCAGUGGAUGACUUGCAGAACCACGUGGAACACUUCGGGGAGGAGGAGCAGAAGGAACUCCGAGUAGACGUGGACACGUUCUUGCAGUACUGGCCGCCACAGAGCCAGCAGUUCAGCAUGCAGUACAUCUCGCACAUCUUUGGCGUGAUCAACUGCAAUGGCUUCACUCUCAGUGACCAGAGAGGGCUACAGGCAGUGGGCGUGGGCAUCUUCCCGAACCUGGGCCUGGUGAACCAUGACUGUUGGCCAAACUGCACUGUCAUAUUCAACAAUGGCAAUCAUGAGGCAGUGAAAUCCAUGUUUCACACGCAGAUGAGGAUUGAGCUCCGGGCCCUGGGCAAGAUCUCAGAAGGCGAGGAGCUGACGGUGUCCUACAUAGACUUCCUGCACCUCAGCGAAGAGCGCAGGCAGCAGCUGAAGAGGCAGUACUACUUUGACUGCUCCUGUGAGCACUGCCAGAAGGGGCUGAAGGAUGACCUCUUCCUGGCAGUGAAGGAAGACCCCAAGCCCUCCCAGGAAGUGGUGAAGGAGAUGCUACAAUUCUCAAAGGAUACACUGGAAAAAAUAGACAAGGCUCGCUCUGAGGGUUUGUAUCAUGAGGUUGUGAAGCUGUGUCGGGAGUGCCUGGAGAAGCAGGAGCCAGUGUUUGCUGACACCAACCUCUACGUGCUUCGGCUGCUGAGCAUUGUGUCAGAGGUCCUCUCCUACCUCCAGGCCUAUGAGGAGGCCUCACAUUAUGCCAGGAGGAUGGUGGAUGGCUACAUGAAACUCUACCACCAUAACAAUGCCCAGCUGGGCAUGGCUGUGAUGCGGGCAGGGCUGACCAACUGGCAUGCUGGUCACAUUGAAGAGGGGCACGGGAUGAUCUGCAAAGCCUAUGCUAUUCUCCUGGUGACCCAUGGUCCCUCCCACCCUAUCACCAAAGACUUAGAGGCCAUGCGGAUGCAGACAGAGAUGGAGCUGCGCAUGUUCCGCCAAAAUGAAUUCAUGUACCACAAGAUGCGAGAGGCUGCCCUGAACAACCAGCCCAUGCAGGUCAUGGCUGAGCCCAGCAAAGAACCCGCGCCAGCUCUGUUCCAUAAGAAGCAAUGA